CGCCCACCUUUUUCUUCUUCCGCUCCCUCGCUCCGCCACCUGUGAACUGGAUUGAACGAAGCUGUGAGAUCCGUCGAGAGGGAGAGAGAGCCGGCGAGAAGGAAGGGAUCGAGGGGAGAGAGGGGGAUUUGGAAAGGAGAUACCUUUCGUGCGAUCGGAGCGGUGGUCGGGGUAUAAAGAUUCGAUUUUUAAGGUUUUCUUGGGGGUUUUCCAUCUCGAUUUGGAAUUGUUGAGCCAUCUAUAUCUGGUGUGUUUCUGAUUUGAAGGUUUUCCAGUUAAAACAGAACAUUAAAAUUUGAAGCAAGGUUGAUGUACUUAUAAUACAAAAAAAAGGGGCGGUGGUCCUGAGACGAGAGAAGCUGUUGUUUGUAUGCCUAUUGGCCACCUCUAGUGAUCCUGGGUUGCUGCUUUGUUUCUUCAGUUUGCCUAGAUGUCGUUCCGCAGUAUAGUUCGUGAUGUAAGAGAUAGUUUUGGCAGUUUGUCAAGACGUAGUUUUGAGGUGAGGCUUUCAGGCUUCUCAGGUCAUCACAAGGGAAAAUCGCAGGGUUCAGUGUAUGAGCUGCAAGACCAGCCUCCAGUGAUCCAGCAGAGUCGCUGGGCUUGCCUUCCUCCUGAGCUACUUUGUGAUGUAAUUAAAAGGUUGGAAGCAAGUGAAAGUACGUGGCCAUCACGCAAGAAUGUUGUUUCCUGUGCAGCUGUUUGUCGAUCAUGGAGGGAGAUGUGUAAAGAGAUAGUCAGAAGUCCAGAGUUUUGUGGAAAGCUUACUUUCCCAGUAUCCCUGAAACAGCCUGGGCCUCGAGAUGGAACCAUUCAAUGCUUCAUUAAGAGGGAUAAAUCAAAAUUAACUUAUCAUCUCUACCUGUGCCUCAGCCCUGCUGUGGUUGUUGAGAAUGGAAAGUUCCUCCUAUCUGCAAAAAGGAAUCGCCGGACAACCUGCACAGAGUACAUUAUAUCGAUGGAUGCUGAAAACAUAUCAAGAUCGAGCAACACUUAUAUUGGAAAGUUGAGGUCGAAUUUCCUUGGCACGAAAUUCAUAAUCUAUGAUACCCAACCACCAUACAAUGGGGCUGCCCUCUGUCCACCACCUGGACGAACAAGCCGCAGAUUCUACUCCAAGAAAGUCUCUCCAAAGGUCCCAUCUGGCAGUUACAACAUAGCUCAGGUGACCUAUGAGCUGAAUGUUCUUGGCACAAGAGGCCCACGGCGGAUGCACUGCAUCAUGUACUCCAUUCCUGCUUCUGCCCUUGAGCCGGGUGGCACAGUCCCUGGCCAGCCUGAUAACCUCGUUCCUCGCUCCCUAGAGGACUCAUUCCGCAGCAUGUCCUUCUCCAAGUCCUCUAUCAUGGACCGUUCCAUGGAUUUUAGCAGUUCUCGCUUCUCUGACAUCACUGGAGGGAUCCAGGAGGGAGACGAAGAGGAGGAGAACAAGGAGGUGAGGCCUCUUGUGCUCCGCAACAAGCCUCCUAGAUGGCAUGAACAGCUGCAGUGCUGGUGCCUCAAUUUCCGGGGCAGGGUUACUGUCGCCUCCGUCAAGAACUUUCAGCUCAUUGCCGCAACACAGCCUGCUGCAGGAGCUCCCACAUCAUCACAGCCCGCACCAUCUGAGCAUGACAAAAUCAUUCUGCAGUUCGGCAAGGUGGCAAAGGAUAUGUUCACCAUGGACUAUCGCUAUCCACUCUCGGCCUUCCAGGCAUUCGCUAUCUGCUUGAGCAGCUUCGACACCAAGUUAGCAUGUGAAUAGAACAGUGAAAGCAGUGGAGAAAAGGAAGUUUAAUUACCAAAAGAAAAGGCAAUAGUUUACAGAGUGGGCAUCCACAAUGUAUUUGCUGUUUGUUGUUGAUUUUUCUUGGUUGUUAGUGUAUCGGGCACUAGCCUGCAACUGGCUUUUGAAGCAUUUAUCUAUCAUCUGUUCACUGAAGUCCUCUGCUAUUAUGACAGCCUUUGGAUGAAGUGAUCAGGUGGUAGUUCCAUAC